GCGCGGUGGAGGGGAUACAACCAGCGCUCAUGUAGCCAAGAACUCAUAUCACAAAAUUUGAAAACAAGGAGGACACCCAAGGCUCGCCAUCAUGGCGGAAAUACAGCUCAUAGUGGAGAGCUUAAACCAGCAUCCGUUCAAUUUGGACUUGACACUCGUCAGUUUCAGCCAGAAGUCACCAUUUGAACUCAGAGUCCUCCUCAAUGAUGUAUUGGCGAACAUCAGUUCAAGUCAGCCACGGGAUCUGCGGGAGGAGCCCCCGGAAGCCACAACGCAAAGGAUGCUGGAAUUUUUGCGAACUCUCAAAUAUAGACCCCAAAUGGAUGGGGCCUCAUUCCGCCAAGGCCUAUUGCUUGGAAGUACGGAAGUCAUAUACCCGGUGCUGGUGUGGCUGCUGUCCCAGCUUCCACUUUUGCAAAAGCGUGCGUACUUGGCAAAAUUCCUGGUCGAUGUGGAGCUUCCAGAAGAGUUGAUGGUGGAUGACGAGACAAGGGACUUGCAUGUUCAAUGCAAGGGCUUGCAAGAACAGUUUAAGGAGGUUCACAAGACUGUCGAGCUUUUCCGCAGAACGAAGAAGGACCCGCUUGUUGUCAAGGAUCAAAUUGCAGAGCUGGAGGCUGAAAGAGAACAGCUCAAUUCCAAGAUAGACAAACUGAAAGCCAAGCUUCAGAAUGUGCCAAAAGUUGGAAUGUUCCUGGAGGUAGCUGGGCAGCUGAGAAAGCAACAAGAAGAGGAGAUCCAAUUAAGGGAGAGCCUAAAAGAGCAAAAAGCAGCACUUGAGUCUACAAAAGGGCGGCAUGUGAAAGUACUAUCAAGACUGCGAGAUCUGCGGGCAACGUCUGCGAGCGGGUCAAGCGCCGCACUGCUGCAGGUGCUGACGGAAGAAGUCAACCUGAUUCGAUACGCCGCUAAGGAAAAACUGCCAAAGGAGAUUGAGAAAAAAAAGAUGCGGCUGCAAUCAAUACAAAGCGUGUUAAAAGAUCCUGUGAGCAAUGAGCUGGACAUCUCCGCAUUACAGGCUGAGCUUGUUGCUGCGAACGGAGAAGUGAGUGCAAUGCUGGAGGAGCGGGCGAGGGAGAGGAUGACUACAGGCCCAGGAAAUGCCAAGGGAGGAGCGGAGAAGGAGGUGCUCUAUCGGCAGCAGGCACAGAUGGCAGCGAUGGUGGCCAAGAAGAAAGAGGCAGCGUUCAUGAAACUGGAAUCUUUGGCAGAGAGGAAGCGCGCAUUGCUCAGGGAGAUUGACCAACGGACAGCUGCCAUGGACCAGAUGAAAUUGAGAGUGCCAAGAGGUGAUGGCGGCGUGCAAUAUUCCCAGGCUGAGUCGCUCAGGGAAAUGAUGGAGAUGUCCGACGCGAUGAAGAAGGAGCUGGAUGAUCUGGCAGAUGAGUUUGGAGGGCUGCAGAGGACAUUGAUUCUGCUUCAGCAGCAGGAGGCUGAACUGCAGACGGCCACGUCAGACACAGGUCUAAGGCAGCCACUGCCAGCAACUCUGGAGAGCCCAACUGAGGGAGGGUUUUCCCUCGAUGGUGGAAUGUUAACCCGAGGAGGCGUCGCUGAAGCUGAGGCUGGGCAUGUGCUGAGGAUUGGAGGGGAAAUAAGGGAAAGGAGAAGCAGUGUCAAGUACCAAAUAUCAGAGCUUAAGAACAUGCGUAUGAAAGCUCAAGAGCUGGAGGCAGACCAUCGUGAAAAGCACCGGCAAUUUGAUGAAAUAACUGUUGUUGCUACCAGCCAACAGGACAAGCUAGAAGAGGAGUUGAUGCAGCUUCUAGAGGAUUGCCAACGAGAAGAGAGUCGCUACCAUCAGCUGAACUGUCAAACUCAAAUUGUGGACACCACUCUAAGGAGAGUGAUGGAGGAGGAAGGGACGACAGAGGGUGGAAAGCAGCUUAGCUCGCUAAGCGACAAGUAUCGUGCAAGAAUUGGCUACCAGGAAGAAAUAACUAAGGCACUGCGGGAGAAGCAACGAAAACUGAAGGAACUCGAGGUCCCCAAUCAGGCACAGAUGGUGAUGCUAAAGGACCUUAGAUCAUUGAUGAACCUCAAGCUCCAACUCUAUAGAGGAGAAGUCAAGCCGCAGAUGGGACGACCUGCACUGGAAAUCAGGGAGCUGGGAGGUGCGAAUCGCCUAAUAAUAGCGAGUGACGGCUGAAGUUUAUCGAUGAGAGCAUGGCACGGCCAAAACUCCUGGAGUAGAGAAGCUUCAAAGGUUGAUUCACAUUUCUGACGUUCGAUUAUAAUUGGUGUACCUCUACGUGUGUGAAGCCGAGUCCUAGACUGAAGACGAGGGCCUGCACGAUUGUCCGCCACUGCAGUUCUGCUCACAGAAGGGGGAAAAAAACAGGCUAUUUGUUGUGGUUGUGUAAGUGUUAGAGAGAGACAGAGAGAGAGUGUGUGUGUAAAWRUGUGUGUGUGUGUGUGUGWGUGUGUGUGUGUGUGUGUGUGAGAGAGAGAGAGAGAGCUGCUCACAGAAGCGGAAAAAAAACAGGCUAUUUGUUGUGGUUGUGUAAGUGUUAGAGAGAGACACAGAGAGUGUGUGUGUGUGUGUGUGUGUGUGCGUGAGAGAGAGAGAGAGAGAGAGAGAGAGAGAGAGAGGGAGGGGAGGCAGUGCAACAGAAGGUGCGCAUAGACAACAAGCACAAAAGAGUGGGAGGAUGGCUGAUAGGCAAGGCCAGAUAUAGUUUUUUUUUCCUUUUUUUUUUUCCUUCAUGUUCAGGGAGAUCUGACAGAGUAAACAGUCGUCAUUCGA